GUGACUUCUCUUGCAGCCUGAGCACUCUUUGAGUCGCGGACUGAGCAGCUGUCAGUGGACGAAGCAGAGCGUCACGACGAGCAGGAGGCUUUGUGGAAGAAGGACGUUCUCAAAAUGCAGCUCCAUAACGAUUUCCCCAGUGUGUCACAGGCUCGAGUGGCCGAUACGUGCCACGACUCGGACGUUAGGAUCUAGCGUGCAGCCAGCGAGCCGACGGAUAGCGACUUUCCCCCCCUCGGUUGUUUUAUGUGCUGUCUGCUCGGCGCUGUCCAUCCGACAGAACUAGUUCAGACAUGAGUAACGUUAAUGUGAUGUUUUGGGACCAGUUGCAGGCUGGUAGCUCCGAGGUGGACUGGUGUGAAGGCAAUUACCUUAUUUACCCCAGCAUCGCUGAGUUUUACAACACGAUCAGCAACAUUUUGUUUUUUGUUUUGCCGCCGAUACUAAUGUGCCUGUUCCGCCAAUAUGCAAAACAUUUCAACAGUGGGAUUUACCUCAUAUGGAUACUGCUAGUUGUGGUCGGUAUUGGAUCGACUUAUUUUCAUGCCACCCUCAGCUUUCUUGGCCAAAUGCUGGACGAGCUAGCCAUAUUAUGGGUGCUCAUGUGUGCCAUAGCCAUGUGGUUUCCAAAGAGGUAUUUACCCAGGAUAUUCAGGAGGGAUCGGUAUACAUUCAGAGUGGUCAUCGGCAUCUUAUCAGGGAUCACCACGGGGCUGGCCUUUGUGAAACCUGUUGUCAACUCGCUGUCACUGAUGACUCUGGGAAUCCCAUGUACCGUGCUGCUCAUUACUGAGCUGAAAAGGUGUGAAAACCCACGUGUGUUCAAGCUGGGCCUGAUCUCAGUCUGGUGGGCGCUGGCUCCUUGCUGGAUCAGUGACAGGAUAUUCUGCGAAGUGUGGUCAUCUGUCAACUUUCCCUACCUACAUGUGCUUGGUAAGCUCAAAGUCGACUCAAAGUCAAACUCAGUGCUGCACAUCCUCAUCUGUCUGGCUUCCUAUUUGGGUUGCGUUUGCUUCGCCUACUUUGAUGUUGCUACCGAGGCACCGGAGCGAGGUCCCGUCAUCAUGUUCUGGCCCAGUGAGAAAUGGGCCUUCAUUGUGUGCCAUAUGUCUCCCUACUCUGCGUCCAUAAGUCUACUAUAA